CUCAAAAUAGGUUUUAAACAGUUUUCAAGUGUUUGGUUAAAGUUAAAAAGUGUGUUUAUAUACUCUCAUGGCGAAAAGACAUCAACUUUCCAAUAAUUUUGCUCUAAAGAAGUGCUCUGCAGAGGAUCACAUUAGUAAGUUACCUGAUGAAAUUCUGGUACAUAUACUGUCUUUCCUUACUGUUAAGGAAGCAGCAGACACCAGUGUCCUCUCCAAAAGAUGGUUACCCUUGUGGACAUAUAUUUAUAGGCUUGAUUUUAAUGCCACCAAACCAUUAAAUGAAGUAGCAUUAAAUCCCAAGCGGAGGAAAAUGUAUAUGAAGAAGUACAUCAGAUGGGUCAGCCGUACUUUGAAAAUGUGCAAAGUUGAGAGAUUAGACCAAUUUCGUAUUUCUUUUGAUUUAAACAAAUUUGCCCAGCAUAAGAUUGAUAGGUGGCUUGAGUUUGCCGUUGCUAGGCAAGUUCAAAGGCUAGAGUUGGACUUGUUAGAUGGUGGGGAUUUACCUCAAUAUAGUGGGAGUUGUUAUAACUUCCCCGUCCAACACUUUGGUCUCAAUGACUAUGACUAUUCUGCUCAACCUCGUUUGAACAAGCUGCCACCUCUCUUGCAUAAUUUUUUUAAGUCUUUAAAGGUACUGUUAUUCAAGUCCGUAAAUUUGACAGGGGAAGUUGUUGAGUUCUUCAUUUACAAUUGUCCAUCUCUUGAAGAACUGACGGUUCAUGCAUCGGAAACGUUGGUAAAUCUUCAAGUCGUUGGUCCUUCCGUCAAGUUGAAAUACUUGAGUAUAUGGUACUGUAUAGCACUAAAAUCACUUAAAAUCUGUGAUACAAACCUUGUAACACUUUCAACUACAUUAUCAGCAGCUCGAUUAGUGCUUGUUAAUGUUCCGAUGCUGAUUGAGUUACAUGCUUUGGGUUUUCCCACAAAUAUUUUGGAUGCCAUGUUGUCUGGUAUUUCUUCUUGUCUUCUUUCUCAGCUGGAGGUCCUCAAGAUAAAUUCUGACAUUACAAUAUUCGGUAAACAUUGUGAGUAUGGAUUGGUUUAUUUGGGGAAAUACAAGAUUCCUCAACUUACCAUGCUCAAGAAAUUUGUCUUAGUUUUGGAAGCAUGGGAGGACAGAACUUUCUUAGAUUGCACUAAUGUCAUAGAGGCUGCUCCACAGUUGACGGAAUUUGAGUUGAAUAAUCUAACAGCGCUUUGGUAUGCUGGAUUUCCUCCAGAAUGGAAUCCUGAUUCUGGCAUCUCAUUUGUAUUACUACUUCUGUCGUUGGUGUGGAUCAAACCAAAGAGGUCAAAAAGAGAGUGUAGAAAGGUCGCAAGAUGUCCUCUUCAUCACCUAAAAGUGCUCAAGCUGUACGGAUAUUAUGGCCGUACUAGUGAGCUUGAACUCGUUAGAUAUUUUUUGGAAAAUGCUAUUGUGCUUGAGAAAAUCUUGGUUGAUCCUAUUCCACUAGCGUUUUUUCGUAUUGAGGGGGAACCAAGGGAAAGUAAGCCUGUGCGAAUUGCAAGAAAAUAUGCUAAGCUCCAGCUUGAAAGAGAAGUGCCUUCGCAUAUUGAGUUGGUGAUACUGUGA